AAAAUCAUCAAUUAUCAUACUUUGUCUUUUCUCAUUUUUCUUUUUCUUUGUGGUGAUAAGGGUGAGAAGAACCAAAAAAAAACCAUGAGUGUGAGAAUACAAAUUUUCAUUGUUUUCCCAGGCACCUCAGAAAGGUUUUCAAGGCAGGCUGCCCUUUUUUGAAGUGGCUGACUUUUACUUUUGACAAAACUUUUAGGGCAGAUAAGAAAGCUGCAUGACACCUAAAACCAAAUGAAAUCUUUCCAGGCAUCGGAGCCACGAAGAGCCGAAAUGACAAGUAACAGUCCAAGGGCUGACUGUCAGCAGCAGGAAUUGAUCUCAAGUGGGACGGGAUGCACAAAGAUGCAUUCUCAAGAGCUGGAGUGGCUCUGAACUGAGAAAGCAGACGCUGAGCAAGGCUGGACUGGAUCCUGGGAAGACCGCAGACUUCAGGAGGAGCAACAUGUCUGUCUGACCUGCGAUGCUGGGAGCUCAGGAAAGCUAAUGCCACUGCAGAUGGCUUCUUGCAGCCUUGUACCGGGACUGUGGCUCCUGCUGCUUCUCCAGGAUAUCCAGGGAGCCCCACAGCCAUCACUCACCUCAUCUGGUUCCUGUGAUACACUCAGGAAUUGGUUCUAUGAUGAAACUUUACAAAGGUGCUGUUACCGGUGCCCCUCAGGGUAUGCUAAAAGGAAAGCAUGUCCCACGGACCCAGAUGAAGACUGCAUGAGAUGUGGACCUGAGCAAUAUCUGAACGAAGAAUCCCAAAAGCCACAUUGUGAUGCUUGUGUGUCAUGUACAAAAGAAUCUGACCUUGUGGAGAAAGUGCCCUGCUCCUUCAAUUCUAGCCGCGUGUGUGAGUGCCGACCAGGUCUGUUCUGUCAAACCGCUGUAAAGUACACCUGCAUGCGAUGCCAGCAGCACACUGCUUGCAAGCCUGGUUUUGGAGUCAAAGUCAGAGGCACCUCAACAACUGAUGUUUCUUGUGAAGAAUGCCCCCCUGGGACCUUCUCUGACCAAAACUCCAGCACUGACAUCUGCAAGCCCCAUACUGACUGUGCCAAGUUAAACAAAGUAGCACAAAGCAAAGGAAAUGCCACACAUGAUCAGGUUUGCCUGGACCAAUUGCCCACCUACCUCACCCCAGACACUUUCUCCACCAGAUUCAGCAAUGAAACAAGUAACUCUGACCUACUGAGGCUUGAGGCGAACUUGGUCACUAUUUCUAGUAUUCUUUUAAGUGCUGCAACAACUGAAAACCCCAGUUCUACUCCCAACGAGAAUGGUCCGGCUGGCACUCUUCCCACCUCAGACAAGGGGGAGACAACAACAGGAGUAGGUCUUGUUUGGGGAGUGGUUCUCUCUGUGAUGCUGCUACUUGUGGGCAUGCUGUUGUUUUGGAAAUGGAAGAUUUGCAAGAGACGAAUCCUCAUCCUCAAAGGAAAACCACAUCUCACUUCACACAAAUCCAGGAUCAGAUCUCACGGUUCUGAUCUGGUGAACGGUAUUCCGAAACAGAUCACUUUCUUUUCCAAUAAGAUCAUGCUUACUACUGAUCAAGGGCCAGAAGAGAAGGAGCUAAUUGACAGAAACCUUCCUUUGGAAACCAAUAACAACUUGGUUUCCAGCACAGAAAAAGCAUAUAGUCCUGAUUUGAGUCUGACUGAUGUGACACAGAGCAAUGGAAAUGCCCCAGAUUGCCCUGUCGAUUCUCGAGUGAGAGACCACACAAAUAAUCGAAUUGAAAAAAUAUACAUCAUGAAAGCUGAUACUGUUAUAGUGGGGUCCAUUUCAGAAGUGCCUGGUAGCAAGAACUGUGCUGCUAGGGGAUGUGAAAGUGAUGUUGAUAUCCAGGAAAACACGGAAGAGGAAUUGGAGAUGCACUAUCCAGAGCAGGAGACAGAGUCUUUUCCAGGGAAUGAUGUCAUGGUUCCUGUGGAAGAGGAGGGAAAGGAAUUCCAUCACCCCACCACUGCCACUGAAAAGUGAUAGCCCACCGAGAAGGCGUGCAGCUACAAAAACACCCAGUGUGACACUAAGCCCAAAUCUACAACAAGGGAGGUAAACACAUAGUGUCUUAAAUAAUCUGAAAACUCAUGUAAAACACCAAAAAAUAUUCAAUCAAGGAGCACUAUAACCUAUUUCAUCUAACUAAUGAGAGGAUCAUCCAAACUGUUGGCCUUUGUAGAUCACAUCAAAUAUUUUCACUUUCCCUUGCUCUCCCAGUAUCAUGCUGGAAAAAAAUUUGAGUCAAAGCUACAAAAUUCAGAGGACUUCUGGAUGCUAACUCAAGUUUCACAGCUUGCUUUCUCUGUGUGAAGGAAUGGAUCAAAACCUAUGUCUGAUUACUUCUAUUAGCUAUUAAAAUUCUGGCCAUAAUUCCAAGUUGAUCUUGACACCCAGCCAUGUUUCACAUAUUGUUUCUGUUUUUCUUUUACCAACACUUCCAAUUUUGACACAGAUUUUGCAACAUCUAGUAUUUUUCUUAAAGUCUCAGCUCUUGAAUGAAAGUGGUGAUAAUUUCAGUUUUCACUAACAAAUAGGACCCUUACCUUGUGGACUUCAUGAGGAAACAGGAUCAACAAGCUCAGGAAACAGAAGACAAAACUAGUUGAAGUUCAUUGUACUUUAGGCCAAUCCUUUUAUUUUUGUCAAGUCUGAUUCAUGUUUCUUGACUAUUUUAAAUCAUUAGUAAGCACAGAAAAUGGACUCUUCUAAUGGAAGCCAAACUAGCUGAACAUUUGGAUGUUGAAUGAACUAUGGGUUUAGGCCAAUGUGAAAUCUGUAAAAAGGGAAAAUAAGAAAAACUGGUUUUCUACAAAAAAUGAAGGACUGAAAAAUAGGCUAGCAAUUACUUCCUGUCACAUUGUCAAUAUCUGCUUGCUUUAGAAGAAUUGCUCAUAAUCAUCAAAGUGACACUGAAUUGUAUAAGUUCUUUAAAAUAAUUCUGUUUGGUUUUGUGGUCAACUGCUUUGUGUUACGCAGUUUCUCAAAGUUCAUGCUGCUUGUUUGAUAACUGUAAAUGUAAUAGUGCUGACUAUGUUUUUGCACAGGACAGUGGAAAAUAAGCAAGGUGACAAAGUGUGCUUUAGUAGUAAAAAAAGGAACCACAAAAACAAUUACUUGCUUUGUAGUUUUACCCUGGACAGAGUACUGUAAUAACAGCUGUGCAACUUCAGUGCCUUUUGUCUUAGAAGAAACAAAAGGAACGUAAAGGCAUAAAAAACACCUUCUUGAGCAAGACUCACAGUACAAGUUACCCGCUAUUUUUUACCUGUGACAGUGGCAGUAAGAGAUGCUAUUUAGGGAGAGAACAUAAGCCCAGUUAAUAUCUGCUGUUUUCAUUCCUCAUACUUCUGCAACAUCAGCUGUAAUUGGAUUAAGGAUGUUAAAGAGUUUGUCCCAGCCUUUAGAAUUUCUCUUGUUGCCAU